UGGACCAUUUGAAACUGGGCGGAACGCGAAAAGGGCGGUGCUCGUUACUAAGACGGACACAUGCAUAGGCCAAUGAGCGCUCCGACCCGACCCGUCCCAUCCCGUCUCGCGUCGUCUCCCUCUGCCGUCGGCCCGAGCAGCGAGGCCUUUUUCAUCAGAAAGUUGCGAAGCGAGAUAGGAGAGCGGGCGUCGGUUAAAGGGACGUUAGGCGGAGCGCGCGGGGUCAUUAGCCACGCCACCUUCGCGUGGCGUGUGCCUCCUACCUUCUCGGUUUAGCGUUAGUAUAAGCAUUAGCAUUAGCAUUAGCUAGCUAUCUAUCGUAUCGACAGUGCGGGCGGCUGGGCGGCGCUAUCAGUAGCUAAUAGCUAACUAACGGGCACGAGCGCAGCUGAGCGAGCAGUUAGCCGGUGAAGUGUGAGACACACACAGCGCCAGCCGCACGCCGGCCUCCUUGCGCUAGUUUUUUUGUUUUUUUUUUUUUUUUGUUUAAAAUUUAUUUAGCUUCGCUUUCUUUUAUUUGCCCCGCUCUUAUUAAGUUAUAAUAAAGCCAGUGGCGGUGAGAGGAGAGGGAGAGAAGUCGAGCGGCUGCAGGAGGAGAGAACAAGCGCUAAAAUGGCGGAGUCGGACAAGCUGAACAUCGACUCCAUCAUCCAGCGGCUCCUGGAAGUAAAGGGCUCUCGGCCAGGGAAGAACGUCCAGCUGACGGAGAACGAGAUCCGCGGCCUCUGCCUCAAGUCACGGGAAAUCUUCCUGAGCCAGCCGAUACUGCUGGAGCUCGAAGCACCGCUGAAGAUCUGUGGUGAUGUUCACGGGCAGUAUUACGACCUCCUGCGGCUCUUCGAGUACGGCGGCUUCCCCCCGGAGAGCAACUACCUGUUCCUGGGCGACUACGUGGACCGGGGCAAGCAGUCACUGGAGACCAUCUGCCUGCUGCUGGCGUACAAGGUCAAAUACCCAGAGAACUUCUUCCUGCUCAGGGGCAACCACGAGUGCGCCUCCAUCAACCGCAUCUACGGCUUCUACGACGAGUGUAAGAGGCGGUACAACAUCAAGUUGUGGAAGACCUUCACCGACUGCUUCAACUGCCUGCCGGUGGCUGCUAUUGUGGACGAGAAGAUCUUCUGCUGUCACGGAGGUCUGUCCCCUGACCUGCAGUCGAUGGAGCAGGUGCGCAGGGUGAUGCGGCCCACCGACGUGCCGGACCAGGGUCUGCUGUGCGACCUGCUGUGGGCGGACCCUGACAAGGAUGUGCUGGGAUGGGGAGAGAACGACCGCGGCGUCUCCUUCACGUUCGGGGCCGACGUGGUGGCCAAGUUCCUGCACAAACACGACAUGGACCUCAUAUGCAGGGCACAUCAGGUGGUGGAGGACGGCUACGAGUUCUUUGCCAAACGGCAGCUGGUCACACUCUUCUCGGCGCCCAACUACUGCGGGGAGUUUGACAACGCUGGCGCCAUGAUGAGUGUGGACGAGACGCUCAUGUGCUCCUUCCAGAUCCUGAAGCCUGCAGACAAGAAGCUGUACUCCUAUGGCGGUGGAGCUGGCAUGGGCUCAGGCAGACCUGUGACCCCCCCUCGAAAUUCAGCCAAGGGUGGAAAAGCAAAGAAAUAGCACCUGCUUCAGGCCGACCCCGAGAGCCCUCUCUGCUUCUCUACCUCCCUCCUCCUCCAUCACCAAACAGCCGCAAAAUGAAACAGUACCCAGGGUUUAGUUUGCUCUCUUCCUCUGAGUUGUUGACAACGAUGCUCUUUUUUAAAGGUCCGAGUGAAGGUCUGAGUGCUCUGCCCCCCCCGUUUCCAGGUAACCCUUGUUUGUUUUUUAUGCCCCUCCUUUCAGUUUGCCCGUUUGCAGAAGGUACAGUCCAGAGGCAGGCUCUCCUGCCUUUACGCUUUAUGUAAGACUUCGAUCUGUUCCGCUUUAAUCUCAGUGGUGGGGGGGGGUGUACGCGCUUGCGUCGGGGUAGAUCCGGUGUCUGACGGCAGGGUUUCACGUGAACGUUAGUCAGUAUUAGUGUGCGGUGGAAGACAGAGGGGUUUCAAUACAUAGAAGAGGGUGGAUGUGCUCACACUGAUGUUAGGCGUUGUAUUGUUUUACACACUUUGCUUGCUUUGACGAGCUUUUUAAUUUUAUUUUUUUAAGUCCUUUAAUCCAUCACAGCUGGAUCAUAAAUAAAGAAAACAACCGAAAAUGGGAGGUGCAGGUGGUUUGCUUUUCUCAAGGUGUGCACUACAUCCCACCAGCGCUGGUCUCCCGCGUGUUCGCACCGAGGUUCCCGCCACCGUCCGCAACCGCUUUCCCUCCAACUCUUUGAUUGUCGCCCUGCGCUGCUGCUUUCCUUUCGAAGCUCUGGAGAGGAUGGCCGCUCCGCAUCGUGUCUGUAAAUAGCCCGUCUCCCUUCCCUUUCGUUUCCACGUAGAGGACCGCACUCAAUCUCCUUCCCGUCCGUUCAGAGCAAACGCUUCACACUCGUCUGUCGCGCUGCGUGGAAUCCCGUUGCGCACACUGCACAGGUGAAAGAGAGCUCUUGACUAGUGUCGUGUGCAUGAAGAGCCGCGUGACAGUGCCGUAUUGGAUCGAGGCGAGUUGCCCCAUUUGAGGCUGCUGUUUGAAAGCUCAUCGUACUUAACUGCAAUUUCAUGUAGCUGUUAUUGGUGUCAUCAAAGUGACGACUUGAUUCGCUUCAGAUUGUUUUUGUCCUUGCAGAGUUUAGGGCUUCAAAAUAUCUUUUAUCAUCACUCGGACUUUUUAAAGUAUUUUAUCUUCUUUUCGACCAAAAGUUAUCUUGGAGCAAUAGCCUUGUAUCUUAUAAUACUUAUUGUUGUGAGGUGAUUUCUUUAUGUGAAUUUCUGCAGGGUUCACUUUUGAACAGCUUUGCCGCUGUGUGAAGAACCCAGUGUUUCCUGUACGAGAAGCAUGGUAAAGGCCUGGUGAAAGCAAUGGUGAGAGGGCAGGUGGCCAAAGGGAGCUCUCUGUGUGCGGGAGAAGCCGUUUAGGUGCCCCGCAGUCAUGGCUGAAACUGACGGUAUGUGUACGCAAGCGUGUUUCUGUGGAAACCUGCACACGGUGACUCGUAGGAGUUGAGCCAUCUCGAAAAAAGGGCCUGAAAGGUAUUGACGAUGCUGGUUUUUUUUUUUUUUUUUUUAGGUAUGAGACAAUAUAACAGUGACAGACGGAGGAUGUGUGAUGUAACACGUCUUUUUUUUUUUCUCUAAACAUGAGAUUAAUGGGAAGAAAUAAUUAGUACAGACAAUCUAUGAUGAACAUUAUUACAUUUGAGGCAAGCCAUUUGCAUAGGAAACCUAUGGGACGGGUAAUACUGUAAUAAUACUGUAGUAAUACUGUACUUGGGCAGCUGAGUGGUAAGUCAUAUGCCUUCAGUUGCUCAACGCCUCCAUCUCUCUCGCUCCACGGUGGUCCAAUAAACAGUGAGGAUGAUCCUGGUUUUUAUUCCGUACCUUUGGUAAAGGUCGACACCACAGGGAUGCUGAUGCAGGUGAUGGAGUUUCUACAUGUUUCUUUGAACCAGUCAGGGACCUUUCUUCCCCACCACCCUGGUGCUGGGUGGGGCACAAAUGUUUAAAUAAAACUGAUGAAUGAAUCCAGUGGUUCAAAGGUAUAAUGAAAAUGAAAAAAUGCUAUUUUUUAUUUUGUAUGUAAUUUGUUUUCCAACCAAUCACAGAUCUUGUCUCUGUUACCAGUAGAAAAUAAAAAGUGUAUUUGUA